GCAACUGGAUUUUUCACUCUGCUGUCCUCUGCACGAUGACAGAACAAAAGCGGCUCCGAUUAAGGAGCUGGAGGGUAGCAGCUGCACAACCACAAUUUUGUAUCAAGUUGAUUGCGCUAGCCCUUGUUGCAUCCACAAUUUUAACCUUAUCAUCAUCGUCUGCGCUGAUUUUGGCACAUUCUGGGAAUUUGAGGCAGAGCCUUGUAACUCGAAGAUCAUUGUUGCAAGCGAGCCGGGAGAGGCCUGCCCCAACAGGCUACCCUCCACCUGUAUCUAACGGUCAUAACGUGGACCCUCAAGCUCCUAGCUCGCGUCGUCGUCCUUUUGAGGAUUCUAAGCCUCCUCCUCCUCCGCCCUGUGUUCCUCCACCAAAACCCUUCUAUUCCCCACCAGUUCCAUGACUCCCUCAAUACACUGAUCAAUUUCAACAGGUGGUUUAUAGUCACAGCAAAGAGUGGGCUGAAAUAGCGGACACACAGUUCAAAGGGGUUAUGAAAGAAUGUUUACUCCACAUAUUACUGAUCCUCAUGUUGAGAGUAAAGUUAGCAGGAUGUGCUGAUACAUUUUACGAUUCUGUCAAACGCGAUUGAGACUCAACUGAUAGGUUAUUCUGAAAUUACAAUCCAGGGCGAAUUUGUUUCAAA